AUGGCCAAAAGAGAACAAGUAGUUGAUCGAGCGAUGAUUACAACACCCAGUGCAAACAAAAAACAAAAAUUAUUUCGGAAAAUGAUAAACCACGAUGAAACUGUUGUGAGCCUUGUUUUGACAGAUUUUUCAAAUUGUUCUCUCCAAACAGAUGAUCAUAAUUUCCAUAAUCACGAAAUUCGCAGCAUGGAAUUAUUAUUGCAACAGAAGUUUACAUUCCAACAAGCUGGAAAAAAGAAAUGGAUGGAGAAUAGAGAACUUAAAUAUACUCAUUUCUUUCCAGUCGAGUUUAUGAAUGACAAGGAAUUUAUUUUAAAUCAUAUUAAAAAGCACGAAAUUGGAUUACUACAUGCCUCAUCAGCAAUACAACGCGAUAGAGAUUUUGUGCUGCAAGCUGCUCAAGAACGUGGCCUUGAGGUUGCAUUUGCAGCUAGAGAGUUAAAGAACGACAAACAAGUUGUACUGACUGCAAUUAAACAGCAACCACAGGCCCUUUCCUUUGCUUCACAUGAAUUGCACAACAAUAGAGAAUUUAUUUUGGAGGCAGUACAGUGUCACGGAAAAUCUCUUUGGUAUGUGAAAAACAAAGCGUUUCAAAACGACAGAGAGAUUGUACUAGCUGCUGUCAAAAAUGAUCACGAAGCGGUCGACGGGGUAAUAUCAUUUCAUCACGAAAAAGAGUUUUUAUUUGAGGCUGUCAAACAUAACUCGAACAAUCUGAUUUAUGCACCAGAUUAUUUGCUUAAAGAUUGUAAUUUUAUGUUGUCCAUUCUCAGAUUACAGUAUCCAGAACUUGAUGUUUUUGAUUAUUCCAGCAAAGAGGUAGUGUUAAAGUCAGUUCAAACCUAUGGAUAUUUAUUGGAAUUUGCGUCGAGCGCUCUUCAGUGCGAUAGAGAUGUUGUGUUAGCAGCAGUUCAAAAUUAUGGCAUGUCACUCUUCUUUGCUUCUGACGAGUUACAAAAUGACAAAGAAAUUGCCUUACUAGCCAUUACCCAAAAUUCCAAUGUUUUUAAAUAUUUAUCAGAACAAUUGAGAGCAGAUCCAGUAAUUGCCUUACAUGCUGUGGAGAGAAAUGGAUUGUUAUUAGAAUUCGUUUCAGAAGAGCUAAAAGAAGACAAAAAAAUUGUUAUUCGUGCUAUCAAUGAUGGUUCAAUUGGUGUCCUUGAAUUUGCAUCAACCAAGCUUAGAAACGAUAAAGAGGUUGUUCUAACGGCUGUCACACGUGAUGGAGCUUCGAUACAAUAUGCAUCAACAACGCUGAAGAAUGAUCGAGAGGUAGUGCUGGCUGCUGUAAGACAAAAAGGAUUAAUUAAUGCCAUCAAAUUUGUAUCAGAUGAGAUGCAAAAAGACCCAGAAAUUUUAAUAGAGGCAAUCAAACAGCAUAUGCAUUGUGUGAAAUAUCUCUCACACGAUCAUUUGAGGAGUAAGGAAUUCUUGUUACAAGUUGCCAAAUUUUGUCCUAUCCUUCUUAAUCAUGUACCUGAGGAAUUACGUUCUGACAAGGAAUUUGUGUUGGAGAUUGUCAGACAAAACCCCUUCUGUACACCCAUCUCAUCUUCUGUAGACAGACAGCUCUUGUUGGAAGCUGUGAAACGUAAUGGGUUUGUACUGCGUAUGGUCAAUCUCGAGUUUGAGAAGGAUGAAGAGCUUGUGAUGGAAGCUCUUAAAUGCAAUGGGUGUGUUUCAGAGUACAGUGAUGAGUUGUAUCGAGCGAGAAUGGAACUUUGCUACUAUGGAGCUUACUUGGGACGAACUCAAUUUUGA